GUGCACUCCACAGCUCAACGCACUGGGACUGAAACCCCAUUUUGGCCGUUCUCCCCAUUUCCCAUUUUCCAUGAAAUUAUUGUUCUCUAUAGACUGAGAACGCUAGAGACCAGAUAGAAGCCUGAGAUACAGACAGGGUGUGACCUUCGAUCACAAGAGAACACAGAAUCUGAAUCCACCAAAACGACGACGAUGUGGAGAAGAUCACUCUCUUCACAGCUCAAAACCCUAGCCUCCUCUAACCUAUCUGCUUCCGCCGCCAUCCGAUUCGCACGCUCUAAUCGGUCCUUCAUUUCCCCAUCGCCUUCCGCUUCUCUCUUCCAUCGAUACUUCAGUGCCGAUUCAGAUGGUUCUGUGAAAAAGAGGGUUGAGGAUGUAAUGCCUAUUGCUACUGGACACGAGCGGGAGGAGCUUGAAGCUGCACUUCAGGGGAAGGAUGUUCUUGAAAUUAACCAUCCUGUUGGUCCUUUUGGCACAAAGGAAGCCCCGGCAGUUGUCAAGUCAUACUAUGACAAGAGGAUUGUGGGUUGCCCUGGAGGUGAAGGAGAGGAUGAGCAUGAUGUUGUCUGGUUUUGGUUGGAGAAAGGCAAGCCUCAUGAAUGUCCAGUUUGCUCACAGUACUUCGUGCUGGAAGUAGUGGGACCUGGUGGACCUCCGGAUGGACAUGGCGAUGAUGAAGAUCAUCACUAAUUACAGCAUUUCAAUUUUCCUCUCGGAAUAAGAUUCAGGAAGAUGACAAUUUCCAAUAUACAUGCAGCAUUGAAGUUCAGAAGCUUAAUGUCUUGUUCGCUUGUUCUUGAUUAGUCCUUUCAUCUCUUGUGGCUGUUGCUUUUUCAACUGAUAUGGAUGGUAUCUCUUUCUUUUGUGGUGAUGUGGACACAGAUCUGUCAUCUGUUGAAACCAUGGAUUUUUGUUAGGUUUCCUUUAAUGCAUUGCCAAAUAAUUGAUGGCUACAGUUCCAUUAUUUCGUGAAAAUUCUUGAUGUUUGCAUGAAAGGAAAUCAUAGUACUUUUUAACUUCA